AUGUCGUUCAAGGUCAAGGCCUUGUACGAAUACAACUCGGGCCACGAAGAUGACCUCAUUUUCAGCGUCGGCCAGAUCAUAACCGUGACCGACGAGGAAGAUGCCGAUUGGUAUGCGGGGGAGUACGUCGACGAGGCCGGCAACAAGCAAGAGGGUAUUUUCCCCAGGAAUUUCGUCGAAAAGUAUGAGCCUGCAGCACCUCCUCGUCCGGCAACACGGCCCCAGUCCAAAAGGGAACAUAAACCCGCCGCCGAAGCUCCGAUUCCAGCCCCGGAAUCUCCGAAGCACGAAGUUGCUCCGGAGCCUGAACCUGAGCCCUUGAGAUCUCCCUCGCCCGAGCCGACGAUUUCCUCUCCUCCGCCAGCACCUGCGGCUGUUCCGGUGCCAAUUCAAUCUGCCCAAGCUCCCGCCUCCCCUCCGGCUCCCGCACCCGCCCCUGUUCCAGUGGCCGCGCCCGCACGUCCUGUUCCCCAGCCCACUGAGGCGCCGUCUGCCGCAAAGUCGCCCCCUGCGCCCAAGCCUGCUGCCGUUGUCUCCAAACCCAGUGCUGUACCUCCACCUGUCUCUGAUAAGCCAACCGGAAAUUCUUUCAAGGAUCGUCUUGCUCUUUUCAACAAGGCAGCUGCAGCCCCCCCCGCCCCCUUCAAGCCUAGCGGGCUGAGCUCAGGAGGCGGCUCGAGCUUCAUCAAGAAGCCGUUUGUUGCCCCCCCUCCUAGCAGGCACGCCUAUAUUCCACCGGUCACCCAGGCCCCUGUUGCUAAAGUAUAUCGUCGUGAUGAGGAUCCGGAGGUCAAGGAGCAAGAAGCCGAAACGCUGGAGAAUGCUGGAAAAGCGGGACUUGUUGGUAAUACGGCACCAACCUCAUCAAGGAAUGAGGGUGAAGCCGCUGAUGAUGAACCCAAGCCCAUGAGCUUGAAGGAGCGCCUCGCUCUUCUCCAAAAGCAGCAAAUGGAGACUGCGGCUCGUCAUGCCGAGGCUGCUGCCAAGAAGGAGAAGCCCAAGAAACCAGUGAAGAAACGUUUGGAUAGCCACGAUGCCACUGCCGCCGAAGGUGAAGCUACUAUUCCUGUUCCACCCCCUCUGGAGCGUCGCGAUACCGAAGACACCACAGGCCGCGGCUCUCUGGAUGAAUCUCACCCACCUCGAAUCCCGCACCCUGGGCGUCGCAGAUCUUCAAGAGGAAUCGAACCGAAUGAUGGUAAUGAGGCUGAUAUGUCUGGGGCUGGCGAGACCACCGAGGGUCUGGAGGAGCUCACCGAAAAGGAGGAAAAUGACGUCAGACCAAAGCAUGUUGCUACUGCCGCGAAACAAGACGAUGAUGAACAGGCUGAUGAGGAAGAUGAAGAGGAAGAAGAAGAGGAGGAGGAGGAUAUCGACCCAGAGGUUCGGCGCAAGGAGGAACUGCGCGCAAGAAUGGCCAAGAUGUCAGGCGGUAUGGGCAUGCCGGGUAUGGGCAUCCCUGGGCUGUUUGGUGCCCCGGCACCUAUGAUGCCCAAGAAGAAGAAGGCCGCCCCUGAGAAGCACAUUGAGGAGCAUGAGGAGCCGGUCUCGCCUACUGCCCGCGCGCCCCCCGUUCCUAUGCCCGGCAUUCCUUUGCCUGGGCUCUCGCGCCCACCGCCGCCUCCCGAGCGAAAACAGUCUGCUGCCGAAGAGGUGGAAGAUGACGAGGACGAAGCCCAGCUGCAGACUCCCCAUCAGGAAGCUGCGCCAGCCCAAACGCCCAACGAACAUAGCGCACCCCCCCCUAUUCCUGGCGGGAGAUCAGCUCCCCCCCCUGUUCCUUCUCUGGACUCACGUCCGCCACCACCACCGCCAACUGCGUCGGCGAUUAAGUCCCCGAGCGAAGGGUCGGUGUCUGACGACGAGCUCUCCGAAAGGCCCAAUGAUGAAUCCGAUACACCAAAACCUGAUGUAGCCCAUGCGACUAGAGCUCCUCCUCCCCCGCCACCUGGGGCUGGCGGUCCUCCACCACUGCCACCUACAUCACCCCGGGCUGCCCCCCGUCGGUCUCCUGAUGAGAGCCCUCCAACUUCACCAUCGGCACCUGCUAUUCCCAGGCGCGACAGCAGGGCACCGCCUCCAAUCCCUGGCGCCGCCCCUCCACUCCCCACACAGAGCAGACCUCCUCCUCCGCCUCCCACAGCCGCGCCCCCGCUGCGUAGGGAUUCAACGGCUGACACCCGGCCGCCCCCAAUUCCCGGCGCACCACCAAGGGACGAGGAUAGUGGUGACGAAGAAGAGAUCACCGAAUAUGAGGGCGAUUACGACACCGACAUCGCCUCGUCGGUUCCUCACAAAGAUGCGCUCAAGGCCCAUCAGCGGGAGUCGAGUUUCGAGGAUAUCGGACCGAGAUCGCCAACGAGUGAGGCGCCCCCGCUUCCUUCCACAGCGGUCCCGAGAGCAGGACCUCCUCCAAUUCCCAGUCAGCCUCCCCCUCCACCAAGUGCGCCAGCGCCCUCGCGCAAGUCUGUAGAUGCGCCCCGCACAGCCCCCCCUCCCCCUCCCCCGCCGAAAGAGGCGCCGCCUGCUCACUACGAUGAUGAGUACGAUCCAUACAACUAUAGUUCGUCUUCUCAGGCAGCUCCAGCUGUUCCGUCAUUCCCGAUGCCCUCUCCGCAUGUCAGGCAGAACGAGGAGACAUCGGCGCAUGAGACCCUCCAGUUUUCCCCGCCACCUCCUCCCCCUCAGAACCUGAGGUCGCCUAUCCCCCCUCCUAUUUCCUCACCGCCAAACCGAGCUCCUCCGCCGAGAAAGUCGCUGGAUGUCCCCCGUGGUAGCGGUGGAAGACGUUCGGUCGAUGUUACUCGGCCUUCCAUGGAGUCUGGGUUUGUUGCUAAUGACAUUGAUCUAGCCAACCAGUCAGGAUGGUGGCUGCAGCCCAACGGCCUGCCUUCGCAGCUCCACGGCCGCAAGGAUAUCUUCUUCGAGUCUGAAGAAUCAACCUCCUCUGAUCCCCACCAGGGCGGCAAGACAAUUGUGACUCGGGAUAUCUAUGUGUUGUUCCAGGACUACUCCCAGACCGUUAUCACCGUUCGUUUCAACCCCCAGGACCCCUCCGAUGUCCAGCUCGACCAACGUCACGAGGCCCCACCACGAGCCUUGCGUCAGGACCAGCUUGAGGAAAGCUACGAGCGGUUUGGUCGUGCCAUCGGCGAGGCCGUCCACAAGCUGAAGGACACCGUUGUAGGCGAUGGGACUCCACAAGGACUCAUUCACGAGCUGCUGCGUCCCCACAAGGACGCUCUUCACCCUGUCGGCACGCGUGCCUAUGGCGCCCUGGUGUACAGCAACCUUGCCAACGCCAGCACAAGCCAGAACGACGAGAUCCGCCCCGGCGACAUCAUCAGCAUCCGCAACGCCAAGUUCCAAGGCAAGCACGGCGCCAUGCACGCCAAGUACAGCGUCGAGGUAGGCAAACCUGACCACGUCGCUGUCGUGGGCGAAUGGGAUGGCACCAAGAAGAAGGUCAGGGCUUGGGAGCAGGGCCGUGAGAGCAAGAAGGUCAAGCUGGAAAGUUUCAAGCUUGACGACCUGAGGAGUGGUGAGGUCAAGAUUUGGAGGGUGAUGCCUAGGAGCUGGAUUGGAUGGGAGGGUGGCGAUAAUGGUGGAGGAGCAACCGGCGGGAAUUAG